UCAAUCGCGUACAUCCUUAUGACUACAUGAAUGCUGUUGUUGAUUCUCUCCGAUUUAAGAUAUGAUGGUCGGUGGAUAAGUCGAGGCCGCCAUCUUCGACCCUAAUAAUCAUGGCUCCUAGCGCUGGUUAUAAGGAGUUCUUUCCUAACGCUCCUCGCGCUGCCAGAGACAAGGCUAAUGAACGGGAACGCGAGAAGUCCUCGAGAGCAUCGGAAGCUACCGACAAUGAUGCUAAGACAGCAACACCUGCUCAUCGCGAUGGCGCCAAGUACGAUUCGUCGUUAUCUGAUGCCGCACAUCCCCCGACAGAUGAUACCGAGUCUUUGCAAGGAGAUACCCUCAAUGGAGUUGGAUCCGCAAGCUCUCACGCGAGUACUACCUCCUCUGUCUUCACUACUUUCAAUUCAUCCGUUGCAAUGAAUGCCUCAUCACGCGCUUCCAACAGCAACCUCACACCACUUACCACAAUGGGCUCGCCCACAAACUCUUCACAUAUACAACCCGCAAAGCAGCGCUCCUCCGCUACUCGUAAUACCACAAGCAAACCUGAUAAUACGAACUCUGCAACGAUCACGGGACCGUUGUCUAGUGUUCCUGGUGCCGUUAAGCGUCUUCCGGCUCGAGACCCAAACCUCACUAUAAAGGGAACCAAGUGUAUACACGACCCUUUGACCGACAAGAGCUUGUCCUCGAGCGAUAGAAAAACAAUGAAACCCAAGUACAAGAACAUCGUGCUGGAAGAUGACGCUCCCCCUCCAGAUCCUCGCCUGUCCAAGGGCAGCUGGCUCGAUUACAUAAAUGUCGACUUCCAUCUGCCCAAGGCAAGAUUACGCCAGACCCCUUACAAUCUCAAGCCAUACAUAUAUGACCCUGCUACCUCUAUCGGGCCGGGACCACCGACCCAGAUUGUCGUUAGCGGGUUUAACCCCCUGAUCUCUUUCUCAAAGGUCGUGACCAUAUUCGCGUCUUUUGGUGAUAUAGCUGAAAGCAGCAACAAGAUGCAUCCUCACACCGGUAGUUUCUUGGGCUUUGCGACCUUUCGAUACCGAGAUUCAAAACAACAACGCCAGCCUCCCGUCUCUGCUGUUAAUGCCGCGAGAAGGGCCGCCCGGGCAAUGAAUGGAAAGAAGAUAGAGGCAAACCGCGUUAAGGUAGAGUUCGACCGAGACGGCAAGAAAAGUAGGCUUAUGCUUGAGACUAUACUCAGAAAGGACAAUGAUGAGUCUCCGCGUACAACUACUACCCCAGUACCUACGGGACCCAGGGGGAAACCUACCGAAGUCGUCAACCGACCACCUCCUACCGCCCCGAGAGGACCUGCUGCCGAGCGCCAGCGCCCCGCUUUAGCCACGGAGCCCGCCUGGCCGCCCCCGAGCAAGCCUAAGGGACUUGGACCGAUGCUAUUUGAUUCUCAACUUGUCUCAGCUACCCUCAAGGGCGAACCGUACAUAUUCGUUCCCGAUACUAGCGUCCCAGUCAUGGUCACAACAAUACCUCAUAUGAAGAAACGCCUAAAAUCAUUCCCAUUUGACGAUAUAAGAGCUGAUCGUACUGGCUACUACAUCAUCUUCCCUAAUACCUCGCUUGGCCGCGAUGAAGCCUGUCGGUGUUUCAGGUCUGCAGAUGGUAGCGCCUUUUUUACCUAUACCAUGGCUAUGAAACUUCACGGUGUAGCUCUCACGAGUUCGUCACAUUCCAUCGCACAUCCACGACCGAAUGAGCUAGACAAGAGAUUGCCUGCGGAUGCGCGUUAUAGGGAGGACUAUCAAUACCGGCCUCGCGAUGAACGACGCCGCGACGAAGAGGCUGUCUUCGAAGAAGAGAAAAAACAACGAGCAAAGAACUUCGAUCCUGUCAUGGAGGCUAUCGAGGUUGUCCGUCGUGAAAUGAAAGAACAUCUAAUUAGACACAUUAGGACUAAAGUCGCCGUGCCCACGUUAUACAAAUUCCUCGAUCCAGCUAACCACAUCGCUAAGAGGCGCAAAUUAAACCUCGAGCAGCCUCCAGGGCGAUCACAACCUACAAUUAGCAUCGAAGACCGCGAUGUCACACCGAUUAGCACACCUAACUCGCGAGCAGACCCAAUCGAACGUCGUACAGCUCGUCUCGAUGUCGCUGCGCUACCUCGUAUAAGAAAAAUAAAAGGGCAUGGUGCUGCACAGCGGAAUUAUGGAUUUACAGACCCAUUUGCACGUAAGCGGUCUUCCGUGGUACACAAUGCCUUCCGAUCGCUUCACCAUCGACUACAGCCUCCGGACAGUGAUGACGAAGUAUCUGAAGAUGAGACCGAGAAUCGCGAUUCUGUCGUGCGCGAUGUGGAAGAGUCAGAGUCGCGUCCUAGGAGCCGUAUGAGUACGGAAGAUGACGGGUUCGAGAACGACUUCGCCGAUGAAGACUCUAUGACGGACGUUAGUUUCCCUGUCAACGAUGGCAUUGCCAAGACAAAGAAGCGGAAGCUCGACCUACACGUCGAAGCCGCCAUCAAGCGGCAGAAGAAGUCCGACGAAGAGCUCUUUGGUGUUACUAUCGAUACACUCGAGAACGAAUUCCCUAGUCCAACAGAAGAUAUUGUCAUGCCUGACGCCGAUAUUGACAAGGGCUCUGAAGCCACCGAGCUCACUACCCCGGCCGAGAAGACUACUAAGGGUCGAAAGAAGGUCGCCGUAGCCAAACCGAAGAAGAAGACUAAGAAGCAACUCUUCGAGGAACGCGAGGCCAUGAAAAAGAAACAACAGGAAGUGUACGUCGAGGAAGCCCUGGUACAAGCGCAGAAGGAAGAGACACAAGAGACGCAGGAGUCCGAAGAACUGUUACCAAAACCCGUCGCCGAAGAGGCUGUGGACGAAGUAAUCCCCAGGGACGAGCGCUUUUCUGAUGCAGUACUUCCAGCGAUGGCCUUGCCAGAGUCGUUUGACCUAUCUGUGCAGUCCAUGCCAGCUCUUGACCUCCAAUCUAAGGAUCACCCCGAUGUCAGCAAGCUCAAAAAGAGAUUCAAGUCGAACGACGUGGGCGACCCUAGACUUUGGGCAUGGAGGCACAGUCGCGUGCGAGAACUCAAUUCCGAGAAGAUAUCACCUACGGAGUCACUUAUCAUCGAUGGAUACUACGUACCGAACCCUAGUGGAUGUGCCCGUACCGAAGGCGUCAAGAAGAUUCUUAACUCAGAGAAAUCCAAGUACCUCCCCCAUCACCUGAAAGUCCAAAAGGCCAGAGAGGAGCGCCAGCUUCGCGCGGCAAAGAAAGACGGCAAGGAUACUGUGGCGGCAGCAGCUGAAGCAGCAAAGUUAGCAGCAGAGAAGUUACUAGCGAAGGGUAACUCAAGAGCAAACCGUGUCAACAACCGGCGUUUCGUAGCCGAUUUGAAUGAUCAGAAGAAGACCCUAGGUCAAGAUUCAGAAGUACUUAGAUUCAACCAGCUGAAGAAGCGGAAGAAGCCUGUCAAGUUCGCUCGUUCCGCAAUCCACAACUGGGGUCUUUACGCCAUGGAGAAUAUCAACAAGGAUGACAUGAUCAUCGAGUACGUUGGUGAGGAAGUUCGACAGUCCAUUUCCGAGAUUCGGGAGAACCGAUACCUGAAGAGUGGCAUUGGCAGUAGCUACCUAUUUCGUAUCGACGACAGUACGGUCAUUGAUGCCACAAAGAAGGGUGGCAUUGCUCGUUUUAUCAACCACAGCUGUAUGCCAAAUUGCACAGCCAAGAUUAUCAAAGUGGAAGGCAGUAAACGAAUUGUCAUCUAUGCUUUACGAGAUAUUGCUCAAAACGAGGAGCUGACUUACGACUACAAAUUCGAGCGAGAGAUUGGGAGCCUCGACCGUAUCCCUUGCUUGUGCGGAACCGCGGCUUGCAAAGGAUUCCUCAACUAAUUAAUAACUUUCUUCUCGAGCCCCAUAAAAACGCAUCUCUUUAACUCAUCUGUCCGGAGUGGGCGGUUCUCUGCAUCAUGAUCCUCUUCAUUUCAAGGCGCAGCUCUGGAUCAAUCUUGCUAUAUAUGCAUGCUAAGGGUUCCUUCAGCGAACGGCCAAAAAAAGGGGGGGAAGUGUACACUAGUUGAUUUUCUUCCACCCAGACACGGGCUACGGCGUUUUAUCACGAUCUUUCAAAUUUUGGUGGUCAAAAUGGUACGGGUCGAAAGCAUAUCUAGUGCGGCGAUGAUUAUAGAUGCGAAGGAAAUUGGCCACCGUCUAUACCCGUGGCGGUGGGGUUUCUUUUCAGAGUGCUGUUGGGUAA